GCGAAAAGUUCAAGCCUCGCGCAACGGAGCCGACGACAGGUCCAGGAUCGCUCAAUUGCCUGUCUUGGCCGCCACGACCGAACAUUUCAGCGUAAAUAAGCCACUUGAACGUGUGCCCGUGUUCUUCAGACCCAACCAGGGACCGAUAACAGGGAAUUAUCUGUUGCCUGCUGCAAGGCGGCGUGCGGGCGCGGUGAUACGAGAGCGUGUGAGGGAAAGAGAUCAGGGAACUUGGGGAGCCCAGCUCGGGUGGCUUUCUACGUCUCUCACGAUGGCGACCACAUCUUCCGCCCCCGGCUACGUCCGGUUCACGGGCCACCGAAAUCUCACGCAACGACUCGUUCUGUCAACCCUUACGGGAAAGCCGGUCCACAUCUCGGGAAUCCGCAGCUCGUCACCGACCGCGCCCGGCCUGGCGCCCCACGAGAUCUCCUUCCUGCGCCUGCUUGAGGCCGUCACCAACGGUAGCUCCAUCCAGAUCUCCUACACCGGAACCACCAUGACCUACCACCCGGGCCUCAUCACUGGCAGCGUCCCCGGCGGCGGCGCCUCGGCCCAUGGCGACGUAAUCGAGUACACUCUGUCCGAGACGAAUCGCCGCGGCAUCUCCUAUUUCCUCAUCCCGCUCGCCCUGCUGGCACCCUUCUCAAAGGCACACAUGAACGUGCGCUUCUCCGGCCCAGGCGUCAUAACAGCUGCUACGGAGCUGGGCGACAUGUCGGUAGACUCGUUCCGCCUGGCGAUUCUGCCUCUAUACGGCCUCUUCGGCAUUCCGCCAGCACGGAUCGGCCUGCUGGUCAGGCAACGGUCGUGCGCCGGCUUUGGCGAGCGGCGUGGCGGCGGCGUCGUGGAGAUGCGCUUUGCCAGCCAAGUUCGGCUACCGAAGACGCUGCAUAUGAACCGAAGCCCCGGCAGGAUAAAACGCAUCGGCGGCGUUGCCUACUCCACUGGCGUCUCGGCUUCUAACAACAAGAGGAUGAUACAUGCGGCCCGGUCUGUCCUCAACGCGUUGACGGGAGAGAUCAAGAUUGGAGAGGCAUCCCCAGGAAAGGACGAUGCUAGGAACAAAAUCGGCAUCGGUUUCGGUCUGAGUCUCGUGGCCGAGUCCAGCGUCCCCGGAAUCGUCUACUCGGCCGACGUGGUGUCGCCAGCACGCGGUGGCGCGCUGCCAGAAGACCUCGGCGUUCAGUGCGCACACCAGCUUCUCGAGGCAAUCGCAAAGGGAGGCUGUGUCAGCUGGGCAGCGGCGCGGACAGUGCUCACUCUCAUGGCUAUGGGGUCUGAGGACGUCGGUCGCCUCAGGAUCGGCAGCGACGUUAUGGACGCAGAAACAAUCGGCCUGGCAAGGGACCUGAGGAAGUUUGGUGCCAGCAGUUGGGGCUUUCGACCGGUUGGCGAAGACGACACAGACGACAUGAUGGUGACAGUAAAGGGGGCUGGCGUCGGCAAUGUGGGACGCAAGAUAGCUUGAGCCAACUGGAACGAUACAAGAAAAAUAAUUAUUACAAGAAAAAAAAGGGUAUAUGGGCAACCCGAAGCCCAAUACGAGAAACCGAAUGGGGGGCAGAAAGAUGACGUGUGCCGCUACACCAUGCCGCCUCCUUGCUGCUGUUGUUGCUGUUGCUGUUCUCUUCGUUGUGCACG